ACAAGCAUCAUGGCUGCAAAAUAUUUUGUGCUCGCUCAAACUUAGAGAGAACAGAAACUUAGCUUUAAGAAAGUAUUAAUUAAUUUGUUUGUACAGGACGGACUCGGCUCUUAGGAUGAGGAUGACCAAAAUCAAGGGUUCAAUGACUAUGAACUCAUCAGGGGAAGAGAGUGACUCUGAAGUGUCAGUGGCUGGAGCUGCAAGUGGAGGUCAGGAAAUGAAAGGAACAUCAACAGCCAAAGGACCUCAGCUGAAACCACAAAUGGACUCCAUAUUUGCUGAAGUUGAAAAAAGCCUUCCAUCAAUAGAUUUUGAUCUGUCGGAUAUAAGCUCAGAUACUGAUGAGCCAAUUAUAUUCCACCGAAGUUUGAAAACAUCUGACUAUUUGUUUGAUGAUGAUAAGGACCUUGACACAAGUCUCAGUGGUGAAUCCUUAACAGAUAUGAUGCAGCCAAUGAAACAAGCAAUUGACAACAUACCAGAGUUACCUCCCCCUUAUGACAAUGACCUUGCACUGUUGAAACCAAUGUUUGGUGAGGAAUCCCAAACUGGCUCAGGGGGAAGUUGGGAGGCAUUAGUGACAGACUAUGAACAAGACACAGAAAAUUCAAAGUGUCCUAAACCACAGAUGCAGAAUUGGAUGGCACUGGAACAAGAUAUGUCCCAAAAUGUGGCCUUUCCACCAACAUAUACAAACAGUGGAACAUCAAUGGAUGAUGAUUUCAUGGAUAACAGACUAGUUGUUGAAGAGAAUUAUGAAGAAGGGGGAGACAACUCUCAAGCAGGUCUUUCCAUAGUUGCUGACACAGAAGCAGCUGAUAUGAACCAGAAGAGCAAACAAGAUAAUGAGAAACAGAAGAGUAGAGCCAUCGCAUCAACGUUUGUGUCAGCCCGACCUCCAGUGUUGUCUCUUCAGGCUUUGGAGAAUAUUGAUUUAGAUGUGUUGCUGGAGAGCUUGAAUGAAGACAACCAGUAUGGGCCCAGGACAACGUUAACAACUAACAACAGAGGAGGAGGGGACACAGCAGAACACCGAGCCCCGCCCGAGGAUCUGACCCUGAUACAGAAGCUGGCUCAAUUGUCUGUAUCACAAGGGGGCUGUCAUCUGUCAAGUAUUGACCCCCGCACUGGGGCCAUCAGGGAGGAGGACAACCGGAAGACGGCAGAGAAGGAAAUCAAGAAGACGACAUCAUGCAUGGGAACAAAUACCAGUGACCUUUCAAGGAUGUUUCCCCCAUCUUUAAAUCCAGCUCCUGCUCAGCCAAAGGUGGAACCAGACACAGUGUUUAUUGAUCUCCGCCACUUUGAGGAAAACCGCCAAAAGGAACAGAAUAACAUUGAACGUGUGCAGCAGAUCCUGGGCAUCCAGCAUGACGGCUCGGACUCGAGUGACUCGGACGACGACAUGGAGCAGUGGCAGACACAGAGACGUCAGAUCAAGGACACGCUGAUGUCAAGGGGCUUGACUACUCAACCUCUACCAUCAAAACCUAAACCAUUUCAAAACAGAAAUAUCAAACAGCCAAACAGAGUGAUCAACCUGAGUGAGCGAGGGACAAAUGUUCAGAAGAUGACAGACAGCCAGGAUGAAGACAAACAGAAGGCAGUUGAUGAUGAACAGAAGAAAGCACCACAUGCAGCAUCCGCAGAGAAGGAACGACAGAUGGAAGCAGCAAGGAAACUGAGAGAGCAGCGAGAAAAGGAGCGAGAAUCGCGGGUACGAAUGGGGAAGAGAAUUGAAGCUGUACGUCCAACUGCCUCUGUCAGUGGCCGCUACCCCUCUGCUGAAAACACUCCAGUCAUAUUUGACAUUGAUGCAUCAUAUGAGCCCCCACCAAAGACCUUGCCUGGAGUUAUCUCCCCUGACCAGGAGUGCGUGCUGUUGACUGUUAACUUGUCCAGCAAUGGAGAAAUAGUGCUGCAUCGAAACAGGACAAACAAAAGUGUUGACACUGGUUGUGGUCUGUCUGCCAGCUAUACCACUCUACUGACCUGGCUGCUCUCCCUUGUCCCUGAUGACUUCACAUUUCUCCAGGGGGCAGCACAACCAAAAGACAAUGCCAUGUUUUUUGGCCCCUUCCAUGUUGUGGGUCUACAGCAGAUGUGGAUGGACGAACAGCUCUGUCUUGCAAUUGCUGUCUCUCCAGCUAAAGAGUUUGAUGCCAAGUUUGUCCCUGUCAAAUCUAAAAAAUCAAAGGUUCGAGAUGAAGUGAAGGGAAGUUCCCCCUUCAUGCAGCAUGUCAGCAAGUUCCUGUCCACCAACACGCUCCACACUGUGUGUCCCUGGCUCCAAGCCUUUGUCUCAAUGGACGUCACAUGCGCCAAUAAGGAUGACCCAGAACUUUGCGCAUCCUACACUUACCAACCACCUCUUCCCAAUGUCACUACCAAACCUCUCUCCACGUACAUUCACCUGAACCCAGAUCAGAGAGCUGCUUGUAAAGUGUUUAAUACUCCCGUAGGCUUCUUCUGGCAAACUGUUGACAGUGAUGAUGGACACUUUGAAGUUACUCUUCAUGACACUGAUGUGAACUAUGAAACCCAAAACACGAUGUCAUUGAUAUACAAGAAGAUAUUCCGUGAGCCUGGUGCCCUCAUGGGCAUCUUGAACCGGGUCCUCCAGGAGGGCCUUGAUCUCAGUGGAGUCCGACUCCUCUACCCUACUGCUGAAUUGCUCAAUUCAAAAGAAUGUGUUAACAGUGAAAAACAGUCUGACCUUGACCUUCUAAAUAAUAUAGGCCCUGUCCUUGCUAUUGCAUUACGUGGAACAUUUGCUCGGUCAAUCUGGUUGGACGCUGUAGGACCUUCAGAUCCUGCUUUGGCAAGAAGGACUGACCCCAUGUCCCUCUGUGCUCAGUUCGGUGGUGCUUCCAGAGAUGAAUGUCUCCUCUUCUGUCCACGAAAUCAAGGCCGGGUCCACUCAGAGCUGACCCGUUGGUUCGGGGGCAGGGUUCCAUCUGGAGGUGUCAUUGAAGUGGGGACACCUUACACCAGGAAAGAACAUCUCAGAAGUGGCAGCCCAAAAGGGAGGAAAGGAAAACGAGGAUCUGCUGAACCAAAAGAAGCAAAGGAAGAUCGAGAUGAACUUUUGGCUCAUCGGCCCCCUGCCACUUUGACAGCUACCCACAAGAGUGACAUCUUCCUCAUCCUUUCCCCCCUGGUGCCUCUUCGCAGCUAUGGCCUCAUCAUGUCUACUUGUCAGAGAAGGGGCUAUCAGAUUCAUGGGCUGCGCAGACUCAGGCUCACAUCGAAGAGAGCAAGUGCUUUAGGUAUUUCAUCGGCAGAGGCACAUGUCUUCUGUCCUGGAACCAACUCAUCUGAUGAUGUUGCUGACACCAACCAAGGGAGACAACUGGAGGCUACAGCGCCCUCUACUGUGUUAGUGUUACAGAAGGACAACUCCUCACACAAUGCUGCUAGUUUGAUAGAGGCAUUCAUGAUCCAGAUGACACUUCAGGGAGUUCUAGGCCAUGUACAGAAGGAAAUGGCCUUCAAACUGACAUCAAGACAUCUGUUCCAUGCUGCUACCUUCACCGACGGAUUGCUCAACCUGCUGGGAGGGGACUUCAGCAAGUGUCCAGAGUACGAGCUCCAGUGCAGUCCCAGCUAUCUACAGCCCAGCAUGUACACCAACCCCGAGCUGGAGCAGGUUGCUGUCCUGUUACUGUGUGGCCAUGACAUACUCAAGUCCUGUGGCCUGCUCAUGGGCAAGAUUCUGAAUUUGGUGCCACACAGUAAGACACCAGUUGUCUCCCCUUUGAGUACAGGAUUUGAGCUGCUGGGGUUGAAGUGGCUGCCCUCUCUGUCCUUGUCCCAGGCGCGGGAGGUCACACCUUUCGAGGUCGGGGACAAGCAGUGGAGGGAGAGCAUCCACACUCUCACACUAGAACCUGUGCUAGUGCUGGCUGUCCGUGGGGUCAAUGCUUUCAAGAUCCUAACAAGUCUCUUCCCAGACCGCAAUGCUACUGCUGGUCACUCUCCUCGGGGUCAGAAGCUGUCCCUGGACAAAAUGAUGUCUCAGACUGCUGAUGAAGCUUACACCUACAUCCGUCUCUUCUUUUCACGUCAUGACCUCUACCCUGACCCGAAGUGUCGGCCUCUGCUGCCCUACCUACCAGAGUCAAGACUUCAUGAUAGCUCAGCACAUGCAGACUGGAAAAAAUUCCGCCCAUCACAUCCUCCCCAGGUACAAGAGAACAUAUUUGACUUCAUGCUAGCUGGCCCACAACUGCUCACAACAUUUCUACUCAUUAAACCGUCAGCUGUAGUGAAACACCUGGCAAGACUUUUCAAGAAAAUAGCUCAAGAAGGAUUCCAGAUUGUAGGACUAAAGAUGGCUGUCCUAAGUAUACAACAAGCUCAACAUGUCCUGUCUACUGAAGUUUUGCAGGAUUUGGCCCUAUGCAAGAGCCACGUUGACCACCUAACGUCCAGUCCGUCUUUAUAUGUGUGUCUCCGACGGGAGAAUGCAGUCAAGCGAUUAGUGGACAUUCUUGGACCAGAGGAUCCUCAGAGUGCACGGCGUCAGAGUCAAUUUCUGUGGAGAGGAACAUUUGGCAGUGACACAGUAGCUAACGGCCUUUAUGGUUCCCAUGACUACUACCGGGCGAUGCUGGACCUGGCGUUCUUCUUCCCUGAAGGUCUGUGUUGUGAGGAGACGCCAGAAUUAGUCAACCAUGGGAUUGUGUGUCCAGCUGAAGACCUGUCUAUAGAUCUACAUCACUUUGACAGUCGAGAUGUAAAUCUGGUACAUCACAGUCAAGCUCUUGAGUCCUACAGCACAGAUAUGGCAGAAAUCCAUGAAAUGCUGCUGCAGACAAUGUGUCUGGUGCUGACGUCCCCAGUGCUUACUGGGCGUGGCCGGGACCAGCUGGGGGUGGGGCAUGUGGAAUUAUUGGACGCUCUGCUCACACAUGGGUUUGAACUGAGUGCUGCACGGAUGCUCUGGUUCACCAGAGCCCAGGCAGAACACUUUCUCCAUCUAGUGGAUGCUGGCAGCUUCAGACAGGUUCCGAGCCUGACGUCAGGCCCCACAUUGGUCCUCGCCUUGCAGAGAGAUAACGCCGUGUUUGCCUUUGAUUCAGCCCUUGGAGGAACCCUUUCCUCGGAGUCCAUCUUGAGAAAGUUUGGUGAUUACAUACAUCGUCCCAGCAGCAUCAAACAGUCUCAUCAGCUGCUGACCUUCUUCUUUGACCACCUCAUGCCAGGGAGUCAGCUGGACAUUGUCCAUCUCAAGCCAACAUCUCACCAUUCUUAAUCCACAACAAAUAUAGGACAUGUGUGUACACCAGUUCCCUCCGAAACACAACUAAUAAAUGAAGAAAUGCAACUCAAGACCUUCCCAGGAGACCCAAGUGUCAAGAAGAUACCGCAAGUCUCGAUGCAGGGAAAAUCUUUACAUCUUGAGGUUCCUUUUUAUAUUUGAAUGAUUUCAGAUGGUUAUUUAACAUUUUCUCAAUGUGUGACACAGUAUGAGACAAUAUGAUAGUCAGGACAUAAUACAGUGUGCCACGACUGCUGAUUGGUCGGUGUAGCAGAGGUCAUGAAGCCAAAGGGGAGAUCACUCUGUGUGAAGUAUUAUAAUGAAAGCACUCAUACUCAAAUUCCGUCCUUGAGCUACUUUCAGAUAUUAAUGAAGUGUUAUUGCCAGUGUAAGAUGCUGUAAGUGAUGAUCUAGAAGACAUUAUAUGAUAACAGUCCACAAGCGACCUGGCCAAGCCUAACCAACAUGAUUUAUGAAAUUAGCAAAUAGUUUAGUAAUCAUUAUAAAGGUAAUGUAUGUUAUUCUAUUGCUUGCAUGUUUUGGACUUAAAACAACACUUGAUGUAUUGCAAGACAGAAGAUGUGUCAAAAGGGUUGAUGUUACAGGUUUCCAUGAAGAUAUGGAUAAAUGGAAAAUCUUUGACCCAAGCUGGUGUAUAGUGUAAAAAUCAUUUUGACCCACUGACCUGUUCCAAGCUACAUUUAAAGUACAAGAAUUCACAUUCAGUGAUUUAAGCCAUACUUUUUCAUUUUAUCAUUUUGAAGACUAAUGCCUGCAGUUGUAACAAAGGAAAGGACUGAAGAAGACAAAAUUUGUCUUUGAGAAUACCAAUAUUGACAAAUUUACAACUUUUUUAUUCCCAGAGUCUGAAUCU